AUAUAUAAUAUGAUGGAUUUAAUUCCAGUUUGUUUGUUUAAUUGAAUACGGGAAAAAAGCAUACAUAACUAAGGUUUUCUUCUGCUUUAGUCUCCCUACCUUUUAUUGAUCUAGCUCAGUUUUCUGUCUUUAUGUCACUACGUUAUUAAGCUUUCAAGCCCGUCUCAGCACCAAAAAACAGAAUUGCAUAUGUAACAUGUAACAUAACCUGACCACAUCAAUUUGUAGAAGCCUCACACUGAGUCAACACUGCGCUUUGUCCACCUUACUCGAAGUUUGUUUUAGUAAGACCAAAAACAGAAUUAGAUAUGUGAUUUCGAUCUAACUGAUUUAUUAUGCAUUAUAUAAGAAAACCUUUGGGAAGUACAUCAUUUGAUUUUKGGUGUAGUGGAGGUAAAAAUCUGAAUGUAAUGAAUAAUGCCAAUAUAUAUAACGUGGAUACAUACAAUGAGCAAACUAACGACCAAAGUAUUCAUCUUAUUAACAUAAARGCAGUGGGACUAUAAUCCAACUCCUGCGUAAAAUACAAGGAAGUAAAGGUACACACAGAUGCUGUUCUAGUAUUAUAACUUACAUUAAGAUAAUUAGAUAGUACCAACAAACUCUUGAAGUGAUCAGUAGAGUGCUAACUAGUGAACAGCGCACGACAACUACCUUUUAGUCGUAAGUCAACAGAAGGUAAAUACUUCCGGUGGAAURCAUUAUCGAUACGGCAAAGGAGAGGGAUUGGUUUACCAAGUGUUUAUUUUAAAUUCAUCUGUCAUAUUAGAAAAUGAAGGUGUUCGGCGAUAUAAAUUCCAGUGACCACACUUCUUGAUCUUACUUGCACUGCUUCUGUGUAUGUGGAUAGGCUGACUUUUCCUUCCAUCAUCAUUACACAAUCUCGCGUGAAUUUAAAUCUACAAAUCAAUUCUUCUCCUGGCAGAAAAUAGGAAAAUAAGGGUCAARACUAAUUCAAUCACCGUUUGCUUUCGUUGGAACAAUAAGAAAAGAAURCAAGCUGUUUGCCUUUGUGGUUUGGACGGUAUAAACUGACUUCCACUCAUUAAUUAUUAAGGUAWCAUGGCCAAAAUCCAAUGUCUGUCAGUUUUUCCUAUUAAUUUUGAUUUACCUUCGUCGCGGUUGAUUCUAUUUUACGCUAUAGCUUAAUGUUUUUUUCAAGUUUGGCAUUUUUGUGUAAUUUAUUAAUGCGUUGCUGAAUAACAAUACCUCAAUGUUGUGAAAUAACCCACGCUUUGAUUGAAAUGAAUGGUGGCCUACGCGUCCCAUACGACUUUUCUUUCUUAGAUUAUAACAACAUGGGUGACUGUGAAUUCACCUAACAUUUAAUAUAAAUCCGUUUUUGUUUCAGAUUCCUGUUAAAUAGUCCAACCAAACUUCAGUCAGUGUGUGUUGAGAUUGUGGUCAAGUUAUUUUGAACACCGAAUGAUGAAUUACACAAACUCAACGCGUAAUCAGGCGCCAAGCACCUAUCUACAGACCCCACUAUGGUACUGGGUAUUAAGCUUAYUUAUCGUUACAUUAACGAUUGCUGGUAAUGGUAUGGUGAUAUUCGUGAUCAUUACGCGUAGAUGCCUUCACAUCACAAAUAACUAUUUCAUACUCUCGUUAGCUACAGCUGAUAUCAGCACAGGUAUCUUCGUUAUACCCUCCAUGUAUCUCUGCGAACAGCUCAAAACUUGUAACUUCCAGAUAGCUUAUUUAUUCAUCAACACUAUAUUUUUUGCAUCGGUGGCAAAUGUCUGCAGUAUGACUUUUGACCGAUAUAUAUCUAUUGUGAUUCCACUCAAAUACUUUGUGUAUAUGACCAACAAGCGUGUGAUGAUCAUUGUCUGUCUGUCUUGGUUUAUCCCGUUCAUUGCUAACGUCAUCCCACUGACCUACUCCAAUGCUGAUCCACCAAUCAAGCUCAAGGCCAAGCGUUUUUACGAUCCCAUUCAGAUUGUUGUGUUUGUUGUCCUACCCAUAGUUCUGAUGCUCGUAGUUUAUGCCCGCAUCUAUGUCAUUGCCAACAAGAUAGCACGUCAAACUAACCAAACUCAGAACCAGCUCCGCUACAACGACUCAAAUGCAAAUAAUUCGCCAGAAAGAAACAAGAAAGAACGACGUGAAAGACGCAACAGAGAAGGGUCCGUAGCAGUUAUUGGCUCGGUGAUCAUACUCUUCGCCCUGUGCUGGGCAUUGGCUGUCUAUAACUCCAUGUGUGAUGUAUUCAAUCUUUGCAAGACGUCCUUCGAGUCCAGAAUAGCCGCACGAUUGCUGAUUCAUCUCAACUCAACUAUCAAUCCCAUAGUAUAUGCAGUCUUAAAGAAAGAUAUYAGACGUGAGCUGAGAAAGGCUUUACAUGGUUGCAGGCAAUCGUCGGGAGAAAGAUUUGAUAAGAAUAACUCUUCCUAUUCAUUUUCAACGUCGACUAAACUAGAUAUGACCAUUGCAGCAGAUGCAUUAUCAAGCAAGACUUAGUAAAGCUAAGAGCUCAGGCCGGAUGCAUAUCAUCAAUAGAAAAAACUUCACCAACUUUCUUUAAAAUAGCUGUAUAUGUAAUUCAUAAACAAUAUUGUUUGUUCCAAAGUACUGAGAUGACAAUUACUGCGAUAAGCGAUUCCAAGUUCACAUUAGUUCAGGAAUAGGUGGAAUGAUUUGUGUUUCUUAUUAUUCUGUUCGACUACAGCGUUACAGUUAGUUAAAAUAGAGMUGCUUGCAGUCAACCAAGCCAAUUUUAAAGCCUUUAGAUGCUUGCUCAUCAUCCCUUCCACUGAUAUUGUUAUAAUCUGAACUUUAUCGUUGACCGCCCAUCGAUGACCUUAGGCUCCAACAGCCUUGUUUUGAAUGACGUUUACACCAGUAAAGGGGCUGAAGAAUGGGGGCUUGGGUUCAGAAUAGACCCUUAUUUGGUAUAUAUUUAGUAUACAGUGGUUGGCAAUUAUAAAAAUUGUAGGAAGAGGGUUAGGCGUGACUGAUCUAAACUAGCAUGAGAGGUCUAAUUAAAAGAAAAAUAUCCAGGAAAGAAGCUGAAUGGAAAGGAAGGGAGCGUUGCGUGACGACCGACACCAAAAACGGAUGCGAGGGAGACUACAGGGAGUGUGACAGGUAAAAAAAGUAGGAAGGAAAUGGCAGCGGAAGUGAAGGAUUAGAGGUGGGUAUGUAUGCCGUAUAGUCUACUGAAGCGGAACGUGGGCAAGGGUGGUGCAAACCCCCUUCGCCUUACCCCCUAUUAGGAAUAACCUUUGAGAAAAUUGGGUGGAUUUUAAACACGACAACACGKAGCAAUCUUAAUUCACAUUGUAAGUAAGAAAGGGAUAUAGAAACACAUUCCACACCCCCAGAAAUGAUU